UUAUAUUUGACUCACACUCUGUUGCACUUGAAUGGCAUCGUACGGCCCUGGAAUACGGGACAAAUAGUUGCGCGCGCAACCUCCACGUUCUUUGCACGACCGAGAGAGAGUUCAACGGAGACGACGUAUUGCGAUGAGAACGACAGAGAAAGUAAAAGGAAGGGAGAGAGAGAGCGUGAGAGAUGGGGAGAAAAAGGAGGGGAGAAAAGAGUGGGAGAGGGAGUACGAUCCUCCGAGACGCGUAUACGUGUGCGUCGUCGUCGUCGCGUGCGAAGCCGAAAGAGUAGGUAGCACACUUCCGAAGUUGUGCGCGCGUACAACACCGUGAGAGUUCAAUUCCUCUCCGCGCAUACGUGUUAUCCUGAUACUACCUUUCGUCCUUGUUCGACCGAUAACGCGCGUAUGUAACGAUAGGGGCGUACGAUAGUAAAAUUUUCAGUUAGGACGAGUGCACGGUAAAAAGAAGGGACGACAGGGCGACUCAUCGACAAAAAUUUAGAAACUUGUAUAUGCAAGUAACAGCCAGCGCAACAGUAACGACAAUAACGACGGGGAAGGCGAAGGCGACGGAGACGGCGACAGCGACAGCGACGGUGGCGGCGGCGGCGGCGACGACGACGACGUCAAACGGACAACAACGACAACACAACGUGAAAUCGGUGUGUGCGCGCGACGCCUUCUCUGUAGAUUGUGUACGUGUACCUGUGCUCUUACGCGUGCUCUUUUAGUGGCGCGUGCACGUGUAUGUGCGUCGUCGUUGACUGAUAGGUACGCGUGAGGUGAGGUGAGGUGUGGUGAGGUGAGGUGCGGUGAGGUGCGGUGCGGUAAGGUGAGGUGAGGUGAGGUGAGGUGUGCUGAGGUGAGAGGCAUAUCGAAGGGAAAAGAGCGAAGAGAGUGAAUUGACCGAACGCGCAACGACGACGACGACGACGACGACGACGACUUUGCCAUCGUCGCCGCCGUGUGCCGAGAAGAGACAGAAAGAGAGAGAGAAAGAGAAAGAAGAGAGAGAGAGAGAGAGAGAGAGAGAGAGAGACGCGCCGCGAUUUCCAUUGGAGAACAAUAAGCCUUGAAAAGAGUACGAGCGAGGGAAAGAAAGCGUGCGAGUGAGAAAGAAAGAAAGAAAGAAAAAAAUAGAGAUAGAGAUAGAAAACUAUCGUGAAGUGUGCCCUAGAGGUGAGACACGAGAGAGCGCGGCCGAGUUCGACGAGUAACGGAACAACGACGCGGGCUCUAAUAUAACAGAGAAAAAUUGACGAUACGACUGCGAAAAAAAAGAAAAGAAAAAAAAAAAAAAGAAAGAAAAGGAAAAGAAAUAAAUGAAAGCGGGGGAAGCUAUAAAAGAAAUAAACAAAUAAGUAAGAAAAAAGAAAAAAAAAAGAAAGAAAGGAAAAAGAAAAAGGAACAAUAAUACGACGAUGCGCGUACGCGACGCGGCUCUUCUUCCGUGAUUCGUUGUCAUGUCAUAUGAGGCGAAGCGUCUGCGCCUCGUUCGUUUAGUUGUACAGUGACGCCAACGAGAAAAAGGAAUAAGACACGAAGAGAGAAGGAAAAUUCUCUGAAAAGUCUAGCGAUCGCUUUACUACAUCCUCUUCCGCUUUUCGUACGCGCAACUUUUUCUUCCUUUAUUUCCUCUUUCGAAUCCCUACCCCCUCUUAUCCUUUUCUCUUUCUCUUCUUAUUCCCUUUCCCCCACCCCGUCCUCGUUUUCACAGAGAUACGAAGGUAGCCAAGAGCGCGUCCGUUUCCUCCUCCUUCUCCUCUUCCUCCUCCUCCUCUUCUUCUUCCUCCUACUCCUACUCUUUCCCUUUCCCCUCUAACCCUCCAUCCACCCCUCUCUCACUCUAUCCUUCCCUCUCUCUUUCCCUCUCUCCUUCCCUCUCUCUUUCUCUUUAGCUCUCUCACUCUCUCCGUUGCAAUUCUCCUCCUUCGAACGAUAGCCGCAGUCAGACAUUGCUCACUUCUCGACCUGACGACUGUUCUGUGUUUACGCUGGAAGGAUUGACAAAUCACAACGAUGUACGCGAAGGGAAAGGGGUCCAGCGUACCAUCGGAUGCUCAGGCCAGAGAAAAAUUAGCUUUGUAUGUAUACGAAUACCUUCUUCAUGUCGGCGCACAAAAAGCUGCACAAACAUUCCUAUCGGAGAUUCGAUGGGAGAAAAAUAUAACGCUUGGAGAACCACCUGGGUUUUUACAUUCAUGGUGGUGUGUGUUUUGGGAUCUGUAUUGCGCAGCACCAGAACGACGAGAUUCAUGUGAACACAGUAGCGAGGCCAAAGCUUUUCAUGAUUAUGGUUUUGUGAACAGUGGUUAUGGUGUUAAUGGAAUUGCACAUAAUGCUGGCCCAGCUCCAUCUCCGAUUGGACAGAUGCCACCUAAUGAUGGUAUGCCUGGUGGUCCAAUGCCUCCAGCAUUCUUUCCAAACAACUCGACAAUGCGACCAUCUCCGCCCACACACCCCUCAUCACAGCCAUCCCCCCAGCACCCCCAGCCACCCCCGCCCCCACACUCGCAGAUGAUGUCCACUCAGUUUAUGGGCCCAAGGUAUCCUGCUGGCCCACGACCAGGAGUACGUAUGCCACAAAUGGGAAAUGAUUUCAAUGGGCCACCUGGACAACCAAUGAUGCCAAAUAGCAUGGAUCCUACUAGGCAAGGCGAAGCUGGAGAAUUUGUAGGGUGGCAAGGCCCUCCAGGAAUGAAUCCUAUGAAUCCACGAAUGAAUCCUCCACGAGGCCCAGGUAUGGGUCCAAUGGGACCUGGAAGUUAUGGUCCCGGAAUGCGAGGGCCACCUCCUAACAGUAGUUUAGGUCCUGGUGGUCCAGGAGGUCCUGGUAUGCCCCCUAUGAGUAUGGCUGGACCAGCUGGAAGACAACAGUGGCAACCGAAUACGUCAACGCCGAUGAAUUACUCAUCAUCAUCGCCGGGUAACUACGGAGGUCCACCAGGUUCGACUGGUCCUCCGGGCCCAGGCACGCCAAUUAUGCCCAGUCCUCAGGACAGCAGUAAUAGCGGCGGAGAAAAUAUGUAUACCAUGAUGAAACCCGUACCUGGUGGAAACAUGCCUGGAGAUUUUCCAAUGACCGGAGGUCCAGAAGGUGGUCCGAUGGGACCUAUGGGUCCUAACACAAUGGGACCGGUUUUAAAUGGCGAUGGUCUUGAUGGAAUGAAGAAUAGUCCAGCUAAUGGUGGACCAGGAACACCACGAGAAGACAGCGGAAGUGGAAUGGGUGACUAUAAUCUGAGUGGUUUUGGAGGACCUGGAGAGAAUGAUCAGACCGAGUCGGCGGCCAUCCUCAAGAUCAAGGAGAGCAUGCAGGAGGAAGCGAAGAGGUUUGAAAAGGACUCGGACCAUCCCGAUUAUUUCAUACAAUAACUUUUCACGAGUCGUUGGAAAGCCCCUGAGACCAAACUAAAAAACCGAGUUUAAUGCGCGAAAGAAACCAAACGAAAGAAAAAAAAAAAAAGACACGCAUACACGAACAUACGUAAACAUACAUACAUACACACUCACACACACGCAUAUAUAUAUAUAUAUAUAUAUAUAUAUAUAUAUAUAUAUAUAUAUAUAUAGGAAAAACGGACAAAAAGCAGCAAAAGAAAAAGAAAAAAAAUAUCAAUAUCCUCUCUUCUUCAUACCCAAUUGCUCCUCCAACCAAUGUGCACUCUUGUCCUAUCAUGGGGAAACGAACAAAGGAACGAAAAGCGAUUAAAAAAAAUAAAAAAAUAAAAAAAAAAUAAAAAACAAUAAAAUAAAGAAGAAGAAAAAGAAGAUACAAUAAUAAAAAAAAAAAACCCCCGAUAAAAUAUACGUAUAUACACGCAAAACACACAUAUACAUACACGUGACAUACACGAAAAAAAAAAAAUAAAAAAUAAAAAAAGAAUACAAAUAGGAAAAACGGCAACAUGAAAAAACAAAAAAAAAGGGUAAAAACCAAAAGUGGCGUAUAGAAAGGUAACGAAAGAGAAGAUGACUGCGGCGAAAGGAAAAGAACAAAAAGAACCAGAAAAAUUUUAAGAAUUUUUCUCCUUCUUUCUUGCGCGCGCGGUUUCGAGCCGAUCGAUAAAAAGGCUCGACACUCAAACUCCCCGAUGAGAAAGAUAUGCACAACAUGAAAAGAGGAGACAUCGUCCAUAUAUAUAUACGUGUAUAUAUAUAUAUAUAUAUAUAUAUAUAUAUAUAUAUAUAUAUCGGACGAAGGAUAAGAAAAAAAAAACAGAAUCCUUAGGAUUAAGGAAUAGGAAAAUGAAAAUGAGGUUUCAUUGAAUGAUCAUUGUUUUUUCUCGUGCAAUUCUCUCGUGUCUCACACAUUUUAUGAUAUAAUUAGGGUACGGGUUAUGUCUGUCUCUCCGAGCGACUCGAAUUGUUUAAUCGAUCACUCUAUUACUAUUAAUUAUAUUAUCACUCACGAUUGCGACUUUACCGGGCGCAAACGGCGGCGGCGGGGGCGGCGAUAGCGACGAAAAGAGUUUAAAAUCGUUUAUAUUAUCUGUUAUCCUUUUUUCUCCCUCUCCCUCUUUUUUUCUUUCUUUCCCAUCCCUCCAUUUUUCUUUUUUAAUUCGAAUUUUUUGUUUGUAUUCGAUAUUUCGCUUAUUCGUUUUUUUUUUCUUCUUUGAAAAAUGGUCUUUGGUUUUUUUUUUAUUUUUAUUUUCUUUUUUUAUUAUUUUUUCUUUUGUUUUUUUUUCCCCACCAUCCACGUUCACCUAGUCGAAUUUCACGAACGGUAAUAAACAAUAACUUCUUCCUUUCAUAAGGGUUUUUCGUGCUUGUCGUAUCUAUCACGCAUUUUCCCUGUGAAUAUUUCCUUCCAAGAUGAGAGAAGAGUGUAUUAUGAAUGAAAAUAAUAAUAAAAAAAAGAAAAAAGAAAAAAGGAAAGAAAAAGAGAACUUAAAAGUUCAUGAAACGAUUUAAUCGGUUGCCUUUUUUGCUUGCGAGAAACACUAAUCGAAUGAAUGUUUAUCGUAAAGCGAUAGUUUACGAUAAAUUACGUAAGUAUGUGCAUAUACCCAUCGAUACAUAUAUAUAUAUAUAUAUAUAUAUAUAUAUAUAUAUGUACAUAUACAUACACAUACAUAUAUAUUCAUUACACAUGCAAUUCGAUCACUCUUAUUUAAAAGAGAAAAAAGAAGUGUCUUAAACACGCAGUGCAAUAAGAUUGUAACAGCUCGAGGUGCAUCUCUCAUCGAAUAUAUCUCCGAGUCCCCUUAUAACCUUCGCCCUUAUCUUCUUCCUUCGUCCUAUUCUUCUUCCUUCCUCACGACUCUUCGAUAUUUUAUUUAAUAAUAAUUAAACAUAUAUAAACAUAUACAUAUAUACAAUAAAAAGGAAAAAAGAAAACACGAUCGGUAGAAUUUAGGUAUGCGAGUGAUAAACGUCAGACCAAAAUAAAUAGCCGAGAGUGUGAAAAUAUUGCUGCUAUACGCAUAGAUUUCGACGAAUGGCAAUAAUUUAAACGUUCGAUCGAACGCGCGUGCGCGCGCGCACGAGAGAGAGAGAGAGCGAGUGAGAGAGAGAGAGAGAGAGAGAGAGAGAGAGGAAAAGAGCGAUAAAUUACGGAUCGCGUGUAUAUUUCUUAUAGCGUGAUUAGAUAAACGCUAGCCUAGCGAAAAGAUUUCUUCAUCGUCGUUCCGAAAGUGUGAUUGGGUCGAUUUAAGGAUCAAAAAGCCGAAUGUCUUCCGUUCGGUAGUUUUUUGAAGGAUAGAGGAAAAAAAAUAGACGUGUGUGUCCGGACGAUUCCCUCAGGAUCGACCGGAUGCAUUUCGAUCAUCUAAAAACAAAGAUAGAGGCACUAAGAGAGAAAGAAAGAGAGAGAGAGAGAGAAAACAUAUGAGACGAUGUAUCGAGAAGAAGAAGAUUGAGCAUCGCUGGCACGGCUCUACUAAGGGAUGAUGAUUGGCCUACCAACUAGGAAGCUGCAUCAAACAAUUACUCGUCUACCUCUUCUUCGUCUUCGUCGAUGACGGAUUUAGUAAAAAACCAAACAAACAAACAAACAAACAAAUAAAAAAGAAAAGAAAAGAAAACUUGGAGAAACGAAUACGUUUCGUACGACGAUGCGUUCUCGAAUGAGAUAAGAAAAUUCUUAACCAAUUAACACCUUUGUUUUUAGACCUUCACGACGAUUUGCGUUAAAUCGAAAAAAGAGAGAGAGAGAGAGAGAAAGUUUUUAUUUUCAAUCCAGUUGGAUCAUUCCUACACGUUUAAAGAUUACAAUUUCGUAAAGAUUACAGUUUGUUAUCGUAUCUAAUCGGUUUGAUUAAUAUAACCGAUCAUUGUUAUUUAAAUGUCAGUGUAUUAUUAUAAUUUAAUAGUAUUAUGUUAAUAGAGAGUAUAUUAGUAUGUAAAAUAGCAAUAGUAUUUAAAUAUUAAUAUUGUAGUAUAUUUAUAUAAUAAUAUUUAAAUACUAUUGUUAUUUAAAUUGUGUAUCCUUUGCAAAUACCUUUAAUCGAUAAUAUUUAAAUAAAUCUUAUAGAGAUAAUAUUGAUAUUUAAAUAACAAUUACUUUUAUUAUUUUUUUUUUUUUUUUUUAUUUAUAUUUUAUAGUUCUAUUUUAAUAGAAGGGAAGAACAAAAAAUAAAUAACAUCAGAUUUAGAUGUAAAGUUUCCUUGAUUUAUAAAAUAUAAAUUUAUUAAGAUAGUCGUAAUAAAGAAGUAAAGCUAUAUAAAAAGGGAUGUAUCUUAAAAGUAUGUAUACGUGAUCGUACUCUUGUAGAGAAUUAUCCAGCUGAGAGAAUAAAAAAUAAAAAAAUAAAAAACAAAAGAAAAGGAAAGAAACGAAACAAAAAAUUGGCCAAUCAAAAGUUUCUUUUUAUUUUAGCCGUCUCGUCUCUUUCUCUCAAAUUCCGUUAAAAAAUAAAUAAAUAAAUAAAUAAGAAAAAAUCGAAAAUUUCGCGCGUUUUAAGCCUUCUUCGGUGGCACACAGCACAUAUACACACGUGUAUAUGUAUGUAUGAAUAUAUACAUACAAAUAUAAAUAUAUACGCGUGCGCGUACAUGUGUAUAUGUAAAUGGAAGCGAAAAAUAUUUCUCAGUGAUCGUAUCGUGGUGUAGAUAUAUCGGUUAGUAUAAGAAAGAAAGUGUGAGUGAGAUAGAAAGAAAGAAAGAGAGAGAGAGAGAGAGAGAGAGAGAGAGAGAGAAUUAAAAAGUCGGGUAUGCAAGAGUGAAUUAAUUUUUUUUCCCCUUUUUUUGAGACGAGAGGGAGAACUUCGAACGGGAUACUCUCAUUACAGAGGGAGGGACGAGUCUCUCUCUUUCAUCGUCGAUUAAUUAAGAAAGAUUCCUCCGCUCGUCUCCACGAGCCUACAUACGAUCGAAAUCCAAAUUAUUAUUAUUAUUAUUAUUAUUAUUAUUAUUAUUAUUUUUGUUUAUAUAUAUAUAUAUAUAUAUAUAUAUAUAUAUAUAUAUAUAUAUAUACGCAAUAUUUCUUCCUUUACAUCGUCGUCAUGAUUGGCAUGAGCAAGAAAAAACGUCACGUGUAUUUCGUAUCAUAGAUUUGUACGUAUACAGGGUGAAUCGUGUAAUGUAUUUAAUUAAAAAAUCGAUUGAUCAGGAUACUUUUAUUAAAUGAUGAUUUUUUUGUACAAUUUUUUUUCGAACAAAAAAAAAAAAGAAGCAACAAGCAAGAGAAAUAUACGUAAAAGUGAUUCUAGAAAUGAAUUCGAUCAUUUGAUUAUAUGCGUAUAUAUUUUAUUUUUUCCGUCUUUUUUUUUUUCCCCCGACAAUCAUAUCUCACGAUUCACCCUGUAUACUUAUACAGGGUGAUGCACUUGAAUUGGAAUAUUCCUGAAUGUUAUUAUUUUAUACGCGUACGAUUGUUACGAACGUAACUUUUUUUUCUUUAUGUUCACAUUUUAUAUAUUACGUCCUGUAUCGUAUGAAGUGAGAAAAGUAAUUGUUACAAAAUGAAAAUAGUUUUUUCUUCGCUGAAAUUUAAGACGAAAUUGUUCGAUUUGUUCGGAUGGGAAAAAUAAUAAAUAAUAAUAUUUCUAAUAAGAUCGAUGUUUCUAAUGGAGCAUCGUUCGUUCAUUCGUUUGAUUUAUUUUUAGCAGCGAAUAAAAAUUUAUUUUUUUUUUUUUUUUUUGGACGAACGAUAAUAAUUCUCGAUUUACCCUGUACAUAUAUGUAUAUAUUUUGAAAAGAGUAUUAAUGGUCGACAUACAAUACGUGUUCCAUCUUCCUACGAGAUUGUUUUUUCAAGAAUGAGAAAGAUAUGCGUGAAAUAUAUGUAAACGUAAUCAUA